AUGUUCAUCUACCAAGGAAAGCUCAACUGGGAAAAGUACGCCGAUGACGAGACCAUCACCAUCGUCCUCCCUAAGGGUGCCGUUCGCGCCAAUGAGCCAGCCUAUCUAUUCACACAAUGGUCAGUGGAUGAUCAUCACGCUGAAAAAGACAAGUUCUACCAGACCCGCAUCAUCAAGAACGUGAAGCAGCUUCCCAACACCACCGAUGUCUCAUUCAAACUCCCUGGUACCUUCUAUAACUAUGACAUUACCACUGAGCAGAACUACAGCAAGAUCAAGGUCACCAUGUCUGGCAGAGAUGGUACCAAGACCUUCACUCUCAACCGGGUCUGGCAGCCUGUGGGCGAGGUUGAUCCCAAUGCUGCUCUCGCUAUCUGGGCUGGAAGCAUCACCUUCGGCGACAAGGCUGUGAAUGAGCAAGCUAUCUUUGUCCUCCCUGAGGAUUGCACAGAUGGCAAGCCUGUUAUUUCUUCGUGGCAGUGGACGAAGGAUGAGUCAGGGAAGGCAAAGACCACUGCUUUCAAGGGAACCCCGUUGAAGUUCAUCAGUUAUGACAACAAGGUCUCCAAGUUCGCUUUCAACAAUGUCUUCGACUUCACCUGUUCAUGGGACACUACCACUCAGGAGCUUGCUGUUGAGGUGAAGGAUGGUGGCGAGCAGGUCAACAUUGGAACUCUGAACCUUUUCGCCAAGAUUGAGGCUCAGUCCCACCAUUUCGACUCGGAUGACUUGAUCCCUCCCACUCAGCAAAAGACCGACUUCCGUCUCCCCCAGCCUCAAGCCACGCUUCCUCGUGUUCUUGACCCCAUGCCCUUCCCCAAGACUCUCUUUGAGACCUUGACUCACGGAGCUGCUUUCAUCGAGCAAGCUGGCUACCUCACCAUCCAAGCCCAAAACAAAUUCACUGCUCUUCACGAAGAGUUUCACAAGCAGAGCACCUACGUCGAGACCCUGAAGAAAGACAAGCAGAACCUUGAGGAGCAGAUCAACUCACUUUCGUAUGAGCGCAAGACAGCUGACGAGAGGAUCAAGGAGCUAGAGAAGGAGCUGGACCUCGCUAGCGCCGAGUACCAGAAGAAGUUCAAGGCGCUCAGCGAUUUUAUUGAGCAUCUAAAGAAGGAUGACGUGAUCGACCACAAGACUAUCAGGAAGCUCCAAGUGGAACUCAACCACGAACACGAACUGGUGAUUACUCUCAGUGGAAAGCUCUCCCUGGCCCAGGCCGAGAAGAAGGCCCUCAAUACCGACAUCCUUGGCCUCAAGGGCAAGAUUGAGGCGCUUGAUGGAAAGAGAAUCAAGCUUGAGAAUGAGCUUACUGGCCAGAAGGCGCAGAACGUUACUCUUCGAGGUGAACUCACUAGCCUCAAGCGCAAGCUGAACGAUUCGCUCGAUGCCAAUGGCCAUCUCCAGAAGGAGCUUCGUCUAUCAGAGGCAUCUCUCAAGGAGACCAAGGGCAAGCUCACUGAUGCAAACCACAAGUUUGACAAGGAGGAACUCGCUCACAAGGCUACAAAGGCCGAACUCAAGGCUGCGAAAGAGACAGAGGCCUCCCUCAACAACAAGCUCACGGCUGCAAACGACAAGGCAGAGACUUACUUCGGCAAGUUCAACGAUCGUGAGAAAGACCUCGUGACCAAGAAGAAGGAUCUCCAGGACCUCUUUAACGAGUCUACUCUGCGAUGGCAGAAGAUUCAGAAGUACGAUCAGAUCGUGGAUGAUUACCAAGAUAUUUGCUUGGACAACAAGGUUGCCACCAAGAUUGACUUGACCGAGAUCAACAAGGCUGUUGAGAUUGUUCGAGCUAUGUGA